AUGUUCGAUUUCAGCGCUGUCGGUAGCGAGCGUAUGUGGCUGAAGAAUUUACUGCUUUCCGAAACGGAAACCGAAAGCGAAGUGUCCGACGAUGAGUACGUUACAUGGAUGCUCAAAAACCACCUGCUUCAAAAAAAGAUCCGGGAAAAGUAUAAUGACUCGCCUACCAACUCACAGUACGGUUACUAUGGGGCUGGUUUGCUGUCGGACAGUGACCUCUUUCCUGACCAUCGCCGAACGGUGGCCGGUAAACGUAAAUGUAAGCUGGACCAUGGAGUAGGCAAAACGAAAAGCAUUCGAAAGAGGAUGAAAAAUCGCAAAAAACGGGACGAUCUCGCCGAAAAGGGAGCGUAUCCGGUGGACCGUCGGAACUCUGGCGCCACAGCUGAUGACUUGGAGGGCACUGAGAGACUCAAUGGAUCGAUGACUGGCAAGCGUGGACGGAAGAUGCGCAACAAAACGCCGGAAAUGAUGAAUAUUAGGCGGCGCAAAAUAUGGCAACUGAUGGCGAAAAAGGAGCUCGGUAAGGUGCAGCGGGCGAAAGCGAACAACCACAAGGACACGAUCACCAACUGCCGAAGGGUGGCGGUCCUGUGCAUGCGCGUCUCGCGACAGAAGGCAAUGCAGUCGCAGAAGCUGAUGAAAGAUACCGUUUGGCGGGCGAAACGGUUGACUCGCGAGAUGCAGGUGUACUGGAAGCGGUACGAUAAAGUCGAACGCGAAACAAAGCGCCGUAUGGAGCGCGAGGCAGAGGAACAGCGAAAGAUUGACGUGGAAAUAGUAGAAGCUAAGCGACAGCAGCGAAAGCUUAAUUUCCUCAUCACGCAAACGGAACUGUACGCGCAUUUUAUGUCACGCAAACUGGGCAACGUGUCGGCAGAAGAGCAGCUGAAGAUUCUAUCGCAGCUCGACGAAGAAAGCAACCCGCGCUUAUCGGCCAUCGACAACUACGAUUGUGAACGCAUGAAACAGUUGGCUCAGGUGAACGCCAGUGAAGCGUUUCGACAUGAGCGAGCACGUACGCACCAAUUCGAUACUGCUAGUGAUGCGGCCACCCCGCAAUCCACCAAUGUGGAGCAAAAGGGAAUCGCUGAGCUACCGCAACCAUCCAUGUUCCGUGGCCGGCUGAAGGGAUAUCAGCUCAAGGGCAUGGCUUGGUUGGCAAACCUCUAUAACCAAGGUAUCAGCGGCAUUCUUGCCGAUGAGAUGGGGCUCGGCAAAACCGUGCAAUCUAUUGCUUUUCUGUGUCACAUCGCCGAGCACUACGGUGUGUGGGGGCCGUUUCUGGUCAUUUCACCAGCCUCGACUCUUCACAACUGGCAGCAGGAGAUGCAGCGGUUCGUGCCCGAAUUCAAAGUCGUUCCGUACUGGGGCUCACCGAAUGAGCGCAAAAUUUUGCGCCAAUUCUGGGAACAGAAGCACUUGCACACGAAAGACGCCAGUUUCCACGUGGUUAUCACUAGCUACCAGCUGGUGGUGUCCGACUAUAAGUACUUCAAUCGCAUCAAGUGGCAGUACAUGGUGCUGGACGAGGCGCAAGCCAUCAAGAGCUCGAACUCGAUGCGUUGGAAGCUGCUGCUGGGGUUCAACUGCCGGAACCGCCUGCUGCUGAGUGGCACUCCCAUUCAGAACAGCAUGGCCGAACUGUGGGCCCUGUUGCACUUUAUCAUGCCCACACUGUUCGACUCACACGACGAGUUUAACGAAUGGUUCUCGAAGGACAUCGAAAGUCACGCGGAAAACAAAACCGGUAUAGACGAAAAACAAAUCUCGCGCCUGCAUAUGAUAUUGAAGCCGUUCAUGCUGCGGCGCAUUAAGAAGGAUGUCGAGAACGAGCUCUCGGACAAGAUUGAAAUCAUGGUGUACUGUCCUCUGACAACGCGACAGAAGCUGUUGUACGUUGCUUUGAAGAAGGAAAUUUGCAUCGAGGAUUUGCUACACCUCACCACCGUUGCGGGUGGCAGUGCCGGCGAGGGACAGUCGAUUGAUCGUAACUUCACGUCCAAUCUUAUGAACCUGGUCAUGCAGUUCCGCAAGGUGUGCAACCAUCCGGAGCUAUUCGAGCGACGUGACGUCCGCAGUCCAUUCUGCAUGAACUGGAGCUAUGAGCUGGCGAUGCGACCCAUAUUCCAUCGGUACCUUUUGCUAGAUUGUAGCGUUCCGAGUAAACGCCACUGGAUGCAUAACCGAUGGUACAUCUUCAAAGCGUUGCAGUCAAAACCUGUAUCGUUCGUGAAGGGCUCGUCCAAUCUGCGUAAUGUCUGUGGAGCGUUCUACGACGACUGGUGCACUGCGUUCAGCUGUGCGCGGCUUGCGGGCGGACUGUCGCCGAACGAGGUUGAACAAUUGGCACGGCGUAAUGAAUUCGGUCCCAUAUAUCACCUGCUCAAAGAGUAUAAACAUUGGCUACAAGUUUUACAUUUCCAGUGGGUGUGGAGUGGAAGAAACCGUAGUUGGAACAACGCACGGUACAUGCUGAUGCAGCCUUCAGCCGAAAGGUGGACAUCACAACAUUUUCCCUGGACAACGAUGGGACAGUUAUUGUUCACCGUUCCCCGCAACGGAUGCCUACCGCUCACUCCCGUCUACACUUACCGAAACCACGUGCUACAUGCGAUGCCAGAAACGCUGGAUCAUCGUAUAAUGCGGAGUCGAAAGCAACAACCCGCAGGCCAGCCGGUGCUGUUAAUGGCUGAGUUUGCUCAUUUACCAACACGCAUCAAACCGACCGUGUUGAAGGACCAGCCUACAGCUGUGCCCAGAUUUCUAUGCGGACUUUACGCGAAGGUCUUCAGUAUGUCUGAAAAUUGUAUAACAUUGCUGAAAAGCGUUGACUUCCAAUCGUCGUUGGGCAAUCUGGACAAACACAGUGAAACAUCCAGAGCGGCAUCACGCAAACAACAGCUCAACGAUCAUGUGCAAGCGUCGUACCCACCGCACGGAUGGUCGAAUAUUAUCAUUCCAGACAAACAGACACUGGUGUCGGAUGCCGGCAAGCUGGCCGUUCUCGAUUCCUUGCUGGGGCGGCUCAAAGAGCAAGGUCACCGUGUUCUCAUUUAUUCGCAGAUGACCAAAAUGAUCGAUUUACUAGAGGAAUAUAUGUGGCACCGAAAACAUCGUUAUAUGCGGUUAGAUGGGUCGAGCAAAAUUUCCGCCCGUCGUGAUAUGGUGGCAGACUUUCAAAAUAGGGCCGACAUCUUCGUCUUUCUUCUGUCAACCCGCGCCGGCGGUUUAGGCAUCAAUCUAACGGCGGCGGAUACUGUGAUAUUUUACGAUUCCGACUGGAAUCCAACCGUCGAUCAGCAAGCCAUGGAUCGUGCCCAUCGCCUCGGCCAAACUAAGCAGGUCACCGUGUACCGACUUAUCUGUAAAGGCACGAUUGAGGAGCGAAUAUUGCAACGAGCGCGUGAGAAAAGCGAAAUACAACGUAUGGUUAUUAAUGGUGACAACUUUAAGCCGGACACACUGAAACCAAAAGAGGUCGUGUCACUGCUGCUCGACGACGAAGAAAUUGAACUAAAGUAUCGGUUAAAAACGGAGGAACGUCGAAUAAUGGAGGACUCUUCUGUUAAAAGCGCGAAAGAUCGCGAGCGAAAACUGAAACAAACCCCGUUAGUGUCGUACGGCAAGGAGAGUAAACCCAGCAACAAAUUCUCGGACGCUGGAAGACGGGCGCUGGAACCAACAAUGGCAGAUGGUACUACCAUAGGCAAUGCAUGUUUUGGCGAGUUCGCGGCACCAAGCCCGGCUCAGAGCGAACGCUCGAGUCUGAGCGAAAACACUAGGCCUUACGAUGCGUUGGACGAUUCCAGCAAUGAAGGUACCACCAUGUCAUUCGAUAGCGUGCGUGAUCGUGGCAUUAAAGCUCGCCAGAUGGUGCGUGGCAGUAGCAAACGGGGUCGUCCGCGUGGCUCUCGGAGGGGUGCCGUUGCCGUUAUCGGUUCCGGUAGAGCUACAGUGGUGGAACAGCCAUCAUCAGAAUUAGACCCGUCGAAUCCUACCGUGUCACCGGCGUCAACGUCGUUGCCAGCUACGAAUAGUGUGGCGUCACAACUAAGACGUGGACCGGGCCGACCACGACUGAAGGCGAAAGGUCCAAGUAAUCAAGGCAACCGCUUUCACGCACGCCAAACGAUUCGAAUACGUAAACCGAUCGGUCCACUAAUGGUACCGUUAGGAGGUGCGCAAUCGACACCAUCAUCCUUACCACUGAAUCCGAUACACUCAAAACUGGUUCCUGCGUCGUCAAGGCUUUCGUCUAGCACGGCAGAUUCUGAAAAGCACGUUAAUCCUGCCAAGUACAGGACAGGAUCCACUGCCCCGCAACCUUCAACAAAUGUAACAUCUGGUGUUAGUCAGGAUGACGUAGCAUCUUCCCCUUGAACAAAAGCUGCAACCGAACUUCUCAAACG